CCCCUUCUUCUCUUCCUCCCCGUCCUCCCCAUCCUCCACCAGGCGUCUCCCCCCGGGUCCGGCCUCCCCCUCCUCUGUGCUCUUCCACAGCCAUCGCCCUUGUGCCCCCACUGCCCGCCAGCUCCAGUCUGCUAUCACCAAAGCCAACAUGAGCGGCCGUGUCCAGAAACAGUCAAUGUCCGAGCUCAAGCUCCGCAGGCUCACAGAGCACAACCAGCGGCUCAAGGAGGACCUGGCGCGGCCACGGAUACGGGUCAGCGAGGCGAGCAGAAGCUUGAUCAACUACUGCAAAUCGACACCAGACCACCUCAUCCCGUCUGUAUGGGGACCCGUGAGCAAAGCUGACGACCCCUUCGGCCCUCCGCCAACGGGUUGCCAGUGUGUCGUCAUGUAAGGCCAAACGCCAUGCAUCACACCCUCGCCCGUCACCCUCCCUGCAUCGCAAGCAUCUCCCAAAGUUGCCAGUGCCCGGACAGGCCCCGAGAUAGCCGCCUCUUCCGCUCACAAUCGGAGGUGCGAGCGGCGCGCGGGGCGGUGCGCGGACGCAGCAUGGUGUAAAAGGGGUUCGCGCCCAUGCCUGCCCUCGUACUGUCUCGCCGCCGUCGCUCGCUUCGCACGCCAAACCGUUCCACCCCCAGUGCCCUCCAUCCCCUUUCCUCCUUCCGAUUCUUCUUUUCAUACAAGAUACGCGCCGACCGUCACUGUUUAUCGUCCUAUCUAGCGUACACCCCGCCGCUCCUUUUCCCAGAAUUGCAAGCCCUGCACGCUACUUCAGCACACAUUCUUACAUGGCACACAUAGUAUAUACCUCGCAUCGGAAUACCUUUCCCCGCCCUUCCCCUUUGCCUUUUUUCCCUCUCUCCGCCAUCAUCCGAUCCUCCACCAGCCCCCUCGCGCACCGCACCGCACCUGAAAUAUUAUCGCUUCGCGUUCCACCGGUACCGUCUUCUCGCGCCGAAUCCGAGCCCGCUUAUGGCCGUCCUUCUCUCUUCCGUCUGCGUCCGGAUACUCGGGGCUCCGAGAGUCCCUGGCCAGCCCUCUCUAUGACAUAUUUAGUGCAGACCCCGUAGCCGUACUCGU